AGUAUUCUGUCUCGCCAAGAGAUCCUUGGGUUGUUAUACUGACCAAUCAGACACAACCCGUCAACCCUAGAUGACAACUAGCGGGUUUGCUCCCCGUACUGAGCGACUACGACGAUUCGCAUCACAGCUACCGCGCCAUCUCGCUAUCUCGAAGUGGAUCCACCGAUUCCGUCAAUAACCGAUCGGUCUCGCGGCGUAACUUAAAUCUGCAUAGCCGGGAAGCCUUAUCUUCGACGUUCCCGAACGUAGAUGGAUUCCCCUAUUCGACCCCGCAGCUCGAUGUUCCAUGUUCUAGGAUUCUUGUCUCUAAACUAAGUACCGCGUUCGCAACAUCUUCACAUUGUGUUAGCUACGUCGCCAUGGAGAUCAAGAAAUUCGAGUUGGGCAACUUCGCCCUCAAGUCCGGAGCCGUGAUCCCGAACGCUUACAUCGCUUACAAAACCUUCGGCAAUCCCGAUCAUCCGGCCAUUAUCUACCCCACGUGGUAUAGCGGCCUCAUCUCCGACAAUGAGUGGCUGAUCGGUAACGACAUGGCCCUGAGCCCCAAGACGUACUUCAUCAUCGUCCCAGCGCUGUUCGGCAACGGCCAGUCCAAAAGCCCGUCGAACAGUCCGGAAUUUCGUCCCUUUCCCGACGUCACCUUUUACGACAACGUGGCCGCGCAGUAUCGUCUCGUGACGGAAGGGUUAGGCGUCAAACACGCGAAGUGCGUGCUAGGAUGGAGCAUGGGGGCUGGGCAGACCUACCAGUGGAUCACCCAAUACCCGGACUUCGUGGACCUGGCCGUCCCGUUCUGCGGUAGCGCCAAGACUAGCCUGCACAACCAAGUCUUCCUCGAAGGCGUCAAGAGUGCGGCGUUGGCAGCCAAGGGGGCCAGCUCUGCCGGCAGUUGCCGGGGAGAGACGACACCGGCUUCGCUGUACCGGGGAUGGACGGCCGCAGAACGCGAGAACGGCCUCAAGGCUCUGGGCCGAGUCUACGCGGGGUGGGGAUUCAGCCAAGCCUUCUACCGUGAGAGACUUUAUGAGACGGCGCUCGGCUACAAGGACCUCGAGGACUUUAUGGUCAAAUUCUGGGAGGGCUGGGCGACAUCUAAAGACCCGGAGAACAUGCUGACGAUGCUGCACACGUGGCAAGCGGGCGACUGCUCAGACCAAGAGCCUUAUAACAAAGAUUUCGGGUUAGCUAUGAGGAGCAUCAAAGCCAAGACCCUCGUCCUUCCUUGCAAGACGGACUUAUACUUCCCUCCCGAUGAUUCCGAAAACGAGGUUUUGAACAUGUCAGCCGGAGUCGGCAAAUGCAUCCCGUUCCCGUCGAUCUGGGGCCACUGGGCGGGCGGUCCGGGGCAGAGCAAGGAUGACGUGAAAUGGCUGGACGAUAAGCUGAAAGCGUUCCUCGCCAAUGCGAGCUGGUGAGGCGGAUAUUUACGAUUCAAGGACCCUAGAGACGGCAAGAGGCGUGAGGCUUCGAUUGCAAACUCUCACGGGGAAACAGCUGUUUUGCUAGUCUUUACACGAACUUGCUAUCCUGAUAGAUAGAUCGCUCACUCACCUUGUUGUCACCAAAGGGAUGCCAGUCGAUUCACCAGAACUCCACAAGUCCCACUAGCAUAUAGAUAAAAUGAAAGAGGAAUUCAAUGCUGUAUUAGUAGAGAAAUCUAGAAUGGGAUCCAGUCGAAACAAGUUACGAUAUACUCAUUACGGCGUAACUCGCGUCUUCCGUUGAUGUAUCCUAUAUUUCAUGAUAUUAACUUUCAUUG